CUGUGGAAGAGUUUAGGUCAAACUUCGUGUUAGGAGGAGGUUUGACGAGGGGUGAAUGGACAGUGAUAAGGGCAGGACGAAUAGUUCCUGUAGUCAGCGUGCAGAUGGCGUCCUUGCGAAUGGCGCUCUAUCGGAUGAAAGGUACGGCAGCGGGAUGGAAAUGAAUUUGACAGCAAAUCUACAACAAGCGGCGGCAAACUGGAUCUACACGGUGAAGGAGGGGAAGCGACGGCUGAGGGAGAUCGUGACUCUUGUGUCCUCAACAGUUCGUGAUUGGUCUGAAGUUAUAGGGGGGGGGACUUCAAGGACCGCAUGGCUGGAGGAUAAGCGGCAGAGGAUGAUGGAUGUCCUUUGGGAGCUUGAAGAAGGGCCUAAUCCACAGCUGGAUGAUCUCCUUGACUGGCAGCUCGCGGACUCCUUGAUGGGCGAUUGCUAUGGGAUUUACGAGGAAGGGAGCGAUCUGUGUGAUAAAGGGGCAAUAUGCACAUCUGGGGUGGUGUUUGUGAGUGCAGCCACAAGUCUUAUUGGACAUCAAGAAGAAGAAGAGCACGGGAAACUUGGCAGGGUACUUGGACAUGUGGCUGCAUUCUUCAACGAUGUGGAGGCUCCAACGCCGAAUGAUCCUGCGGUGUUGCCCAAGGUUGCAACUCCAGCAGACUUGAGAGAUGACGAAGUGGCCCGCCAGGCAAAUCUAAAGAAUAUUCCACGAGCUAGAGUCAUGAAGCCUCAUGCGGUUGAUGGAUUAAGCUCCUUAGACAACAGUGAUGAUGGGGAGGACCUCAUUUGGAGAGGCAAAGGCAAGAACAAAAAGGUUGUCGAAGUUGUUGAUGGUGGCAAAGACAAGGCGCAGAUGGGUGUGGACGACGACGAAGAGGAUAUUGAGGAGAGCGACGAAGAUGACGAGAACUUUACGUUGCAGUUGCCAAGAGCGAGCGACAUGUCCAGCAACGACAACGAACUAGAUCGUCCUCGGGAUGUCACCCCGAGGAUAGGUGGAACGACGGUCCUCAGAGAACCGCUCUGGGCCAGCAAAAUGGAGACAAAAAAACGGACCGGAGAAUGUGGCACGGGAGCUCCGGUACUGGAAGGAGGGGGAAAUGUGAAUUCAGUCACGUCUGCUGUCGUACCAGCUUCCCAUGGUCAUGCCCUUCUCAACAAGCCAGGAGUCAACAUGAAUGCUGCCGUGGUGGUACACAAGAAAGAUAAUUCAGAAAGGACAGCGGCCACAGCUCCUCCCCGCAGUGGUGCCCUUGCCCUUGUGAGCAAGGCAGGAAACGACAACGGCCCUGCGGAGAAGAUGCUCAAGGUCACGACUGUCCCGUCGUUGAUUGCUCGAAGGACAGUCAAUUCGGAGGUGACAACAGCCGCACACAACUCCACGGGAGCCCCGCAGCUGAAUUCCAGAACGAUGGCGGUCGCGGUUGCCCCUCACAGCCCUGUCCCGCACAGCGGUCUGAAAACCGAUAAGGCCAAACCCGGAAUCACAAUCGAUGAUGCUGGAGAGGCAAGCAAGGCCACAGGAAUCCCGCUGCAGAAAGGCGGAAGGACACAUAUUCCCCAGACGACUGCACUCGCACUGGCUCCACAAUCUCGCGCCCCUGACGCUAACACAACAAUCGACGCUGCUGCUGCGAAGCCUGAUGCUAUACACAGACAGGGCCAGGUAACAAACCAGCACGGAGCCACAUCCCCGGAUGGGAGCCCACAUCCGCAUGUCUCACUGGGUCCACAAAUGGGCGACAAUCUCCCUGCGGACACCCUCCGAUUCCCCCCAGCCCGAACCCCUCAGCCCUCCCCAAGCAGGUGGAGCCGUCAGGCCUGGAGAAGGUGAAGGUGAAAGUCAACGGACAGGUGAAGGCGAUGGCCCUAUACGGGAAAAUAGAGAAUGCGUCGUCCAGAAUCAGAGCCCUCAUACAGACCGGAGAGAGCCCCACAAACGAGCACUCUCACACGCAGGAUCUGCAAACCCCCCUUCCAAAUUCAACAGCAGUUUGGUUCCUGGUAGAGGGGGAGGUAGCAACAGACCAAAACAGAAUCCUGCAUCAGCAGCUCGCAAUAUCCUCCUCGCCGGAUGUCGCCUCGAAAGAGGUGGUCCCUGCCUCCCCCCCUAAUCACACACAGAAACACCACCACACGCAGGACCUGCAAACCCUCCUCCCAAAUUCGAUAGUUGUGGGCCUUCCGACAAACACGGGAACAGCAUCAAGCCUGAAUAAACUGCCUGAUCAACG